GUCUCCUCCUAUCAUGCCUAUCAUGUGUAUCCUGAUAGGAUCGGUCACAGCUAGUCAGCUUGGGGACGUGUAAGCUCUUCCAACUUAAACCCAGACUGUCCCCGGGCAUCCUCCAUCCAACUAAGACUGUUCGCCAUCACAACUUCUGCCGUCAUGGCCCCUUCGAUCCUCGUCCCUCGACCAUCGUCUCCGACGUCCACCUCAAAGCUAUCGUCGACGGAACCAGUGCUCCUGUCGCCUCCUUUCCCUAAUCCUUCCCUCCAGGUCACAGCAGAUCACACACUUAAAUUUGUCCCCGCUCCGGUUCAUGCCCCACAACGCGGUGAGGUUCUUCUUCAGAUUAAAGCGACCGGCAUCUGUGGGUCCGACAUUCACUUUUGGAAGACGGGUCGUAUUGGACAGCUAGUCUUUGAGGGGGACUGCAUCAUUGGUCAUGAAGCGGCGGGGGUGGUGUUAAAGUGUGGAGAGGGGGUUACACAUCUCCAGCCCGGCGACCGAGUUGCGGUCGAACCUGGGGUUCCGUGCGAACAGUGUUUUCUCUGUGACGACGGUCGUUACAACCUGUGCGAGGACGUCCAAUUUGCGGGUGUCUAUCCCUAUGCGGGAACCAUCCAACGAUACAAGGUCCACCCGGCCAAGUGGUUGCACAAGCUGCCCGAUAAUAUCUCGUACCUUGAAGGAGCCCUCCUCGAGCCACUUUCAGUUGUCAUGCGUGGCAUUCAAGUAGCGCAUCUCCAACUGGGUCGCGGAGUGGUCGUUUGCGGUGCUGGACCUAUUGGACUGAUCGCCCUUGCAGCGGCUCGAGCUUCCGGUGCUCAUCCCAUAGUUAUCACAGAUAUCGAGCCGAAGCGAUUGGCUUUUGCCAGGGAGUUCGCUCCCACCUGUAUCACAUACCAGGUUAACCCGUCGCUGGAUGCGCAGGCCAAUGCCAAAGCGAUUCGAGCACUUUUCGGACCAGACGAGUAUAACGCCCCUGAAAGUAUGCUCGAAUGCACCGGUGUCGAGAGCAGCGUGUGUACGGCGGCCUUUACGGCUCGACGAGGCGGUGCGGUGGUGGUGAUUGGCGUGGGCAAGGCAGUAAUGAACAAUCUACCGUUCAUGCAUAUUUCCCUCGCGGAGAUCGACUUGCGGUUUAUCAACCGGUACCGGGAUACCUGGCCACCAGCGAUUGCUUGUCUCAGCGGAGGUAUACUGGACUUGAAGAAGCUGGUGUCGCAUGUCUUUCCACUGGAAAAGGCAGUCGAUGCGUUGAAUCUGUGUGCGGAUCCCAGGAACGGGAGCAUCAAGGUGACCAUUGUGGAUGAGGUGGAAGCGACGUUGUAAACAGCCAUCAGCUGAUAGGUCGAGCCAGAAUACGACUGUGGUGCUUGGCAAAUUCACAACAACUGAAUCAGAGUAUAAUGGAAAAGGUGUCAUUGCGUGUAGGUGAGACCGUUCCUCGUCAUCCAACACGCAUUACUCGGUUUAUACCCAAUCUCCAGGCAGCAAGCUCGAUUGCAACCAUCAUGGGAGCUUCAAAUUCCUGGCUGACUAAUGACCAAACGAGUAAAAGCCUAUCUGAGUUGAAGACCGUCAGCAACCGGAG